AUGGCGCUUCCAAGUCCCUUCAAAGGGUAUCACCAUGCCACCUAUCCUGCCAUUGACCCAUCUCGCCCCGAGCUCUCGCUAAAGGGAAAGAAUGUGAUCGUCACAGGAGGAGGCGGCACCAUUGGAUCCGCCAUGGUCGGGGCGUUUGCCCAGGCAGGCGUCAACCUCAUCGGCAUCGUCGGCCGCAACCAGAAAACCUUGGACUCGACGAAAGCCAAACACGCAACUCAGUACCCCGGUGUCAAUCUAGUGACAGCCACAGCAGACAUAACCGACCCGACAAGUCUCGAAGCCGCCUUCACCCAGAUCCGCGAUACCGCCAAAGGUCCCAUCGACAUCCUUAUCAGCAACGCCGGCUACCUGGCGCGGCCGGCCACGAUCAUGGAAUCCGAGCCGCGUGAGUGGUGGACGGCAUUCGAAAUCAACGCCAAAGGCUCCUUCAACACGCUUCGAGCAUUCCAUGCAGUCGCAGUGACGCCCCAGGCCGUCAUCGUGAAUCUCACCAGCGGCGCAGCACAGGUUGCCAAUCCGGCAUGGUCGGCCUACUCUGCGUCCAAGCUUGCAGGGAUCAGAGUCUUUCAGACCUUCCAAGUGGAAAACCCGGACUUUCAUGUCGUCAGCAUACAGCCAGGCAUCAUUCAGAGCGAUAUGAGCGACAAAGCGGGACCAGGCAUAACGCCGCAAGAUUCGGCCGACUUGCCAGCGUCUUUUGCUGUGUGGUUGUGCAGCCCCGAGGCGAGGUUUCUCAAGAACAAGUUCGUCUGGGCGAACUGGGACGUGGACGAGAUGAAGGCUCGGGCCAAUCAGAUCCAGAACUCUCCGCUCUUCACCAUGGGGUUGGCCGGAUGGCCUGUCUUGCCGGACGAGCCAGCAAGCGGGUGA